CAGAAGGAAACCUGUCAGUUUGAAGGUCAAGAACUGGCUGUAGUCGAUACUCCAGGUCUGUUUGACACCGAAAAAAGUAACAAUGAGGUGGUGACAGAGAUUGCUAGGUGCAUCUUAUUUGCUGCUCCUGGUCCUCAUGCGUUCCUGGUUGUGCUGCAGCCAUUCCAAUUUACAGAGGAAGAACAAAACACAGUGAAAAUGAUUCAGAAGAUAUUUGGCAAGGAAGCACACCAUUACACUAUGGUGUUGUUCACUUAUGGAGACAAUCUGGAGGAAGAUGAAGUCAACAUAGAGGACUUCAUUAAAGAAAGUAAAGCUCUCUCUGACUUCAUCCGUCAGUGUCGUGGAGGAUAUCACGUUUUUAACAACAGAAACAAGGAACCCACUCAGGUCAGAGAGCUGCUGGAAAAGAUCAAUGUGAUGGUUAAGCACAACAAAGGAAACUACUAUACCAAUGAAAUAUUCAAAGAUGCUUAUCAAGCUAUUGCAGAUGAGAUAAAACAAAUUAUGAGAGAAAAUGUAUCUAUAACUCUUGCAGAGGCAAGAAAAGUGGCAGAAGAAGACAGUCGCUUCGUUCAGCGUUUUUUAAGAACUAGUAUGUCCAUUAGUGGAGUGGGUGUAGCAGCAGUUACAGGAGCAGCUAUUGGAACUGCGGUGGGACCAGUGGGUACCGCAGUGGGGGCAGCAGUUGGGGCUUUAGUGGGAAGUGUAGCUGUGGUAGUGAAGAUGGGGGCCUGCAAAACACAAUGAGGAUUGGUGUGAAUUGAAUUCAUCUUCAUGUAAUUAACUGUACAUCAAUAUGGAGAUAAAGGACAAUAAACACAGGAACAGAGUGCAAUUUGUAUCUUAAUGUCAGUAAAUUGUUUUCUGUUGACU